AUGAAGUUUUUUUCUACCCCUCCUGUUCAUGGCACCCUAGCAAAUCAGAUUGUGCAUCCUGCAGACUUAUGUUUCAAAUUGCCCGAAAACGUGAGUUUGGAGGAAGGGGCAAUGUGCGAGCCAUUGAGUGUUGGAGUUCACGCGUGCCGUCGUGCGAAGGUGGGCCCAGAGACAAAUAUGCUGGUGAUGGGAGCCGGGCCCAUUGGGCUUGUGACGAUGCUUGCGGCUCGGGCUUUUGGGUCACCGAGGAUAGUGAUUGUGGAUGUCGAUGAUCAACGUCUGUCCAUUGCUAAGGAGCUUGGAGCAGAUGAGACUGUCAAAGUCUACUAA